UAAUUUAUUCCAUUUAUAGUCACUCGAAUUAGUUGAACAGUUCAAGUUCGGUCACUCUCCGUUAACCUCUGUUAACUUUGACUGACGUGGCGGUUAAUUCUGACAGUAGACCGUUAAAUGUGUGACGUGGAAAUUAAAAAAUAAAAAUUAAAUUUUUAGAAAUUACACAUCAUUAUCACAAAAAAUUAUAAUUAUAAAAAAUAAAAAGCCGAAUGGAAGCAAAAAUUCCCAAAAUCACUUAUCGCAGCUUCAGCUUCCCAAUUUAUUCAUUACUGAAAGUGGCAAUUCGGACCACUAUCAGUUCUCUGUUCAGCCCUACUCUUCUCUUCCUGAGCCUCCUGUCCGCCUCCGCCGACUAUUCAAACUUGUCGGCGGCGGCAUCAGAAGCAGCCGGCGGUGGUAUCGGGCCAUGCUUCACGUCACUGUUCAGCUUCGGCGACUCCGUAAGCAAAACCGGCAACCAGAUGCUGCUGGGUAAGUGCCCUCACUGUUGCUUCCUACCAAACGGCGAAACUUACUUCGGUCGCCCGACUGGUCGCUGCUGCAACGGGCGUCUCAUCGUCGACUUCAUUGCUGAGAAAUUGGGGCUUCCUCUGCUGACGCCGUUUCCGGGAGAGCUGAAGAGCAGCAAUUUCCGGUUCGGGGCAAACUUGGCGGAGGGAGGCGCGUCGGCCUUUGAAGAGCAGCAACGUACGUGGCAUCGUGACCACGUAGUAGCGGCCGUCUCGGCCACCGAUGGCAUUGCGGCCGAAGCCGAUGGCUCAGUUGGCCAGGCGCUUGCGGUGGGAUUGCCAGUUGGGGUCGCAUCGCCAGCAGUCGUCGAUAUGAUUGCCCGUGGAACAAGACAAGUAUCCCAACUUCCUUCUCGUCAUGUUGUUCCUAAUGCUCCUGUAAACAAAGAUUCAUGGUACGUAACAGAUUAACAGCUAAUCUAAAGAGAGUGGGGAAAUAUAACGAGUAAUGGCUUCUAUAAUGUGGGAGAUGGAGCAAUUAUGGUUGGGAAGGAUUUUUUUUUCAUUUUUUAUAAUUAUAAUUUUUUGUGAUAAUGAUGUGUAAUUUCUAAAAAUUUAAUUUUUAUUUUUUAAUUAUUUUUUAUUUACCACGUCACACAUUUAACGGUCAACGGUUAGAGUUGACCGCCACGUCAGUUAAAGUUAACAGAGGUUAACGGAGAGUGACCGAACUUGAACUGUUCAACUAAUUCGAGUGACUAUAAAUGGAAUAAAUUAAU